CGCGAGUCCCUCCCUGCUGAUUGUUUACCAGCUGCUUCAUGGGUGCGAGGAGGAUCGGAGGAGGGCUCAUAUUUUGCUGUCAUUCUCCCGGUGAUUCGCAGGCUGAACCGCUAGGCUACUCGCCAAGGUAUAACGCAAGCUCUGCUCCUAGGUGUGUGUAAGCAGGCUUGGCGGUGGGGCCGAUCUCCCCAUGACGGCCCGCGGCCAUGCCUCGAGUAAUGCAGCCCACCGAACGUUCUUGGAGGAAGAACCAGAACACCAGGGCCCGGUUCUAAGCAAGAACCCGCUCGGCCACAGGGCUUGGCCCAGAGACCCUCCGGAACCAGAGCUGAUGGAGCCAGAACCAGACCCAGAGCUGGCCGAGCUGGGACCCCUUCUGGGGGCAGCGUCUCUCGGGUCCAGCCCCCGCGGUGCAUCAGCAUUCCCUGAGGAUGAGGAGGAGGUGGACGAGGAGGGGGCGCACGUGAUCACGCUCCCGCUGCAGGCGCACCAUGCCAUGGAGAAGAUGGAGGAGUUCGUGCACAAGAUGUGGGAGGGGCGCUGGCGCGUGAUCCCGUACCAGCUGCUGCCGGAGUGGCUGAAGGAUAACGACUACCUGCUGCACGGCCACCGGCCCCCCAUGCCCUCCUUCAAGGCCUGCUUCGGCUCCAUCUUCAGGAUCCACACCGAGACCGGCAACAUCUGGACACACAUGCUGGGUCUGAUCCUGUUCAUCUGCCUGGGCACCCUGACAAUGCUGCGGCCCAACGUGUACUUCAUGGCUCCGCUGCAGGAGAAGGUGGUGUUCGGCAUGUUCUUCCUGGGAGCCGUGCUCUGCCUCGGCUUCUCCUGGAUCUUCCACACCGUCUACUGCCACUCCGAGAAAGUCUCGCGCACCUUCUCCAAGUUGGACUACUCUGGCAUAGCGCUGCUGAUCAUGGGUUCCUUUGUCCCGUGGCUGUACUACUCGUUCUACUGCUCGCCCCAGCCGCGCCUCAUCUACCUCUCCGUGGUGUGUGUGCUCGGCAUCGCCGCCAUCAUCGUGGCCCAGUGGGACCGCUUCGCCACGCCACAGCACCGCCACACCAGAGCAGGCGUGUUCAUGGGCCUGGGCUUGAGCGGCAUAGUACCCACGAUGCACUUCACCAUUGCGGAGGGCUUUGUGAAGGCGAUCACGGAGGGCCAGAUGGGCUGGUUCUAUCUGAUGGGCGCCAUGUACAUCACCGGCGCCGGCCUGUACGCCGCGCGCAUCCCCGAGCGCUACUUCCCCGGCAAGUGCGACAUCUGGUUCCAGUCCCAUCAGAUCUUCCACGUGCUGGUGGUGGCGGCCGCCUUCAUCCACUUCUACGGCGUGUCCAACCUGCAGGAGUUCCGCUACGGCCUGAGUGGGGGCUGCACGGACGACUCCCUGCUCUGACCGCUCAACAACAGCAGCACUUCCUGCUUCCUGCUUCCUUCUCCCACCACACCUCACUUUCUGUCAUGUUACCAUGGAGAUGGUGCCACCCUGAUCACCUCACCCAGCCAGUGCCCUACACACUCUGACAAGAUUCACAAGGGAAAUAAGUGUGUGUGCGUGCGUCUGUGUGUACGUGAGUGUAUGUCUGUACAUGUGUGCAUGUGUGUGUGUUCGAUGUGAACGUGUGUGUGUGUGUGUGUGUGUGUGUGUGUGUGUGUGUGUGUGUGUGUGUGUGUGUGUGUGUGUGUGUGUGUGUGUGUGUGUGUGUACAUGUGUGCGUGAGUGUAUGUGUGUACAUGUGAGUGUGUGUGUGUGUGUGUGUGUGUGUGUGUGUGUGUGUGUGUGUGUGUGUGUGUGUGUGUGUGUGUGUGUGUGUUAACUGUCAACCCUCUGAGGAACCUCAGAAAGCUUCACUUCUGUUUGAUGAGAGUGUAUUAUGUCUUUGACAGAACAAUUACAAGAAACACUGAAUCAUUCAAACUCUGUAAUUGAGAUACUUGAAGUGCUCAGUAUAUUCAUAUAAACAGAUGACAUGUUCUCUCUA